UUUUUGACAACUAAAAAAAUAACACAGCUGAUUUUUUGACUUUCUAAAUAUUUUUUUUAAAAGGGAAAGAAAUUUUUAUAUAACAAACAAAUUUUUAUUUGAUAUUUAAAAAUGAUUCAUCUUCCUAUUGAGAUAUGGAGUAAAAUUUUUAAAAAUCUCUCUGCUACUGAUUUAAUAAACUUUUGUGAAGCUUUUAAGGAAUUGGAGUAUUUGCUAACUGACAAAAGUAUAGUAAAGAAAUUCGAUGUGCAAGGAAAUUACAGGUUUGUAGAAGUCGAUUUUGUGAAAUUCAUUAAAGAAAAAGUCCAAUAUGAUCAUAUCAGGUCCUUAAACAUAAAUAAUCUCUAUUGGGUUCCGUUAAAAGAUUUAAGAAGUUUGCUGAGCCUUUUAACUAAAUUAGAAGAAUUGUUUGCCUUGGAAACAAACUUAAGUUUACGAGAAAAAGAUGUCAAACUUUAUGGAAACCUUAGGGUUUUGGCAGUUUGCGCAUCAGUAAAUGAUUGUAACAUUGACAUUAAUUUAGUUAAGGUUCAUAUGUUCCUUUUAAAGAGAUUCUGUCUUAAAGUGACUUCGAGAAGGGGAAAUAUAACAAAUUUGUAUCGAAUCUUUAAAGAACUGUUUGCUUUAAGAGAAUUAUGGAUUGAGGAUCUAACAGAACGUCCCUCAGAGCUAAUUAACUAUGACAUGAUUGUCUAUAAAUUGCAAUUUUUGAAUAAAUUAGUGAUAAAAUCGAAAAUAAGCAUACCAUUUCUCGACUAUAAACCUGUUGGAAUGGCUAAAAUUUUUGAAAGUAGACGAUUUAAAUCGAUUGUUAUAAUCUAUGUAAAGUGUCCUCAAGACAAAAUAGUUCAUUUAAAAAAUAUUUCCAUAUUUGAUCCCUUCGAAACUCAACUCGAAAUAGCCUGGGACGUACUUCGUAGGUUUUAUUGUGAAAUGCCCUACGAUGUGAAAGCCGCUGAGAAAAUCUACAUGACCAGGAACGUGAAGGACGCGCAGUUCGAGGAACUGAAUUUUUGUCACAAUAAAUGUUUCUGUAAUAUAAACUUUAUAACUGCAACUUGGGAUUUUCUCAAAGCACCCAACUCGAGAAACCUGAAAAAACUUUGUAUAAAAUCCUGCGUAUUGCAAAGAAAACCACCUCCUACGAAAGAUCACGUUGUAGAAAAUCUCGAAAGAAUCUACCCGUUUCAGGAUAUAGUUGAAAACUGUAGUAAAUUGGAAGAACUUGAAAUAAUGAGCUGUUCCAGUAAUGAUAACGAUUCUUCGACUGAAAGAUCGGAAGUCACAUUUUGUAAUGUCACUAUAGCGGAUUGCUAUAUGUUGAUUAAUCAGUUAGUUAAUUUGGAAAGGUUAACUGUCGAAGUACCUAUUUUUGUUAAUGGCAAUUUCCUCAUAAAGGUGAUACAAAAUUGUAAAAAACUGAAGUACCUGAAAGUUCUUAGCUGUGGAACGAAUGAAAUGUUAAAUCGGAAUUUAUCACUUGCAUUAAAGGAUGCAAAAUAUUUAGAAGAUUUCUCUAUCGAGAGUGAACAAAUCAACUUGGAAUCCUUACUGGAAGGUUUGAACGAAAUCAACUCGUGUAAACUAAGAAGAAUAUACGUAAAUUGUAAACACGAAGAUACGCGAUUUCAGACGGAGUUAGAGACCCUACUGAAAAAAAAUCCUCAGCUGAUUCUCGUGGCUUUGGCCAUCCAAAUCGAACAAACUACGAAAAAAAUGCUCAUUCGAAAGAUCUUAAAGGAAUUUUGCGACAACAAAGCCAAGUAUUACUAUCUCUAUCCGACUUCCGAAUCGAUGUCUCACGUCUCUCUCCAGCACGUUCACAAGGACAUACUUCAAUUCAAUACAAACGUUUCUAUAGUGGAUCUAGCCGAUUUCAGAUAAGAGAAAUGCUUAGUUUUGUUACAAUUUGUAAAUAGUUUAAAACACGAAUCGACUUAGUUUCGCAGAUGAAAAAGGCCUCAUAAUAGGCGUCGAAAUAACGUUUUUCUUCGAGCUUUACUGAUCGUGAUUUAAUUUAAAUUUUAUAUGUUUGAAUAAAAACUGACAAUGGAUGAUAAUUUCUGUCUGACCGACCCCUAUUACAUACAGGGUGUUUCAAAUUCGACUCUCACCAUUGCACAGUGGUUCCCAGAUAGGUCAUUACUUAGAAAUA